GGGUGAGUUUGGUGCCGAGGCAGAAGUCCCGCUCCGCCCCUUCAGCGCGGCUCAGGCGGCUUUCUCUUUCGAAGGCAAGCUCGGACCAAGUUCUCCCUUUCCUCUCUCUCGGGCUGGUCCCGUCGUUCCCCGGCGCUUCUCCCAAGUUUGCUCUGGGCAUCGCCUGGAAAGGAAAGGGCGCCAUGGAUGUGGAGAACCAAGACGUGCUGCUGGAGGAGGAGGAGGACGAGGAAGGGGGAGAAGGCGAGGAAGAGGAUGGGGAGACCGUCUUGGAAGAACUGGAACAAACUAUUAUCCCCAGCUAUGGAGCUGUAACCAACCAACAGGCACUACACAUGCCAGAAUGGGCUGAGUUUAAUUUGCAACCUGAUUCGUUAUACUUCAAUGAUGGCCAGAGAAGAAUUGACUUCGUUUUAGUCUAUGAAGAUGAGAAUAAAAAAGAGGGCCAUAAGAAGAGCUUCCAUAGAAAGCAAAUGAGAAAGAGGCAAGCAUAUCAGUCUAACCUGAUCAGCCGUGCCUUACAGCUUGAAGCAACAAGGUCGGUCUUGGAUGAAAAAUGUAUAUUUGUAAAAGUGCAUGUGCCCUGGGAAGUCCUGUGCAAAUAUGCGGAGAUCAUGCACAUCCAAUUGCCUCUGCAGCCCAGUGAUCUGAAAACCCAUGAUUCAGCAUUUGGCUGGAUUAGAAAAUUCUUCAGUGUGGAUAAAGAAAUAAUCAAGCCAGAGCAAGAUUUUUUUACUGCUCCAUUUGAAAAUGACCGUUUAUCAGAUUUUUAUAUUCAAGACAAAGAUACAUUCUUCACUCCAGCAACAAGGAGCCGAAUAGCUUACUUUAUCCUUUGUCGUGGGGAAUAUGCCAUCAGAGACAAUGUGAAAAAGUUUGGGAUUAAUAAACUGCUGGAUUCUGGAAUCUACAAGGCAGCUUUCCCACUACAUGAUUCAAGAUUUAACCAUCAAUCACAGGAUCCUACCUGCCCAAAUGAAAGGUACCUGCUAUACAGGGAAUGGGCUCAUCCUCGAAAUAUUUUAAAAUUACAACCCCUGGAUCUUGUCAGGAAAUAUUAUGGUGAGAAAAUUGGGAUCUAUUUUGCUUGGCUGGGGUUCUAUACUCAAAUGUUACUCCUGGCAGCGAUAGUUGGACUUGGAUGCUUUUUGUAUGGAUAUUUCACCAGGGACAAUUGUACUUGGAGCCAAGAAGUAUGUGACCCUAAUAUAGGAGGAAAUAUCAUCAUGUGUCCACAAUGUGAUCAAGAAUGUACUUACUGGAAUCUCACCAUUACCUGUGAAUCAUCCAAGAAACUCUGUAUAUUUGAUAGCUUUGGAACACUAGUGUUUGCAGUAUUUAUGGGAAUAUGGGUUACUCUGUUUCUGGAGUUUUGGAAACGGCGGCAGGCUGAAUUGGAAUAUGAAUGGGACACUGUUGAAUUCUUAGAACAAGAAGAGCAAGUACGUCCGGAGUAUGAAGCAAGAUGUCGUCAUGUAGUAGUGAAUGAAAUCACACAGCAAGAAGAACACGUUCCAUAUACAACCUGUGGAAAGUGCAUGAGGAUGGCCUUCUGCACCAGUGCAGUCUUAUUCUGGAUCCUGCUCAUUGUAGCCUCAGUUAUUGGCAUCAUUGUUUACAGACUCUCUGUUUUUCUGGUAUUUUCUGCAACACUUCCAAGGCAUAUCAAUGGAACGGAAGCAAUCCAGAAGUACUUGACUCCACAAGCAGCAACUUCAGUGUCUGCUUCUAUCAUCAGCUUUAUCAUCAUUAUGAUUCUGAACAUGGUCUAUGAGAAAGUGGCAAUCAUGAUUACUGACUUCGAACUACCAAGAACACAGACAGAGUAUGAAAACAGCCUAACUACAAAGAUGUUUUUAUUCCAAUUCGUCAACUAUUAUUCUUCAUGUUUCUAUAUUGCAUUCUUCAAGGGUAAAUUUGUGGGGUACCCAGGUGACCCAGUUUAUUGGCUCGGAAAAUACAGAAACGAAGAGUGUGACCCAGGUGGAUGUCUUCUUGAACUUACAACACAGCUGACAAUUAUAAUGGGAGGCAAAGCUAUAUGGAAUAACAUUCAAGAAGUGCUUCUUCCGUGGCUUAAGAACCUGAUUGGAAGAUGCUGCUCUGCUAAUAGGUCAGAAAAGAUUCUCCCACGUUGGGAAGAGGACUACCAUCUGCAGUCCAUUGGCAAACUUGGCUUGUUUUAUGAGUAUCUUGAAAUGGUCAUACAGUUUGGAUUUGUCACCUUAUUUGUGGCAUCAUUCCCACUGGCACCCCUCCUGGCUCUCAUUAACAAUCUUCUGGAAAUACGUGUGGAUGCUUGGAAGAUUACAACACAGUUUCGACGCAUGGUCCCUGAGAAAGCUCAGGGCAUAGGAGCAUGGCAGCCAAUCAUGCAAGGAAUUGCCCUUCUUGCUGUGGUGACAAAUGCAAUGAUCAUUGCUUUUACUUCUGAUAUGAUUCCACGCCUGGUGUAUUAUUGGUCCUUUUCAGUCCCUCCGUACGGAAAUCAUAGCAGCUACACCAUGAAGGGCUACAUAAACAACACACUCUCUGUCUUUGCUGUAUCAGACUUCAGAAAUGAAAGCAAGCCAGCUUUUCAUCCCAGAUUUGCCAAUCAAACAACAUGCAGGUACCGGGAUUUCCGAUACCCUCCUGGGCACGAAUAUCAAUAUCACCACAAUAUCUAUUACUGGCAUGUUAUUGCAGCCAAGUUAUCGUUCAUCAUUGUCAUGGAGCAUAUCAUAUACUUCGUGAAGUUUGCUAUUUCAUACAUCAUCCCAGAUGUGUCAAAAGAAACCAAAAGCAAAAUUAAACGAGAGAAAUAUCUAACACAGAUGCUGCUGCACGAGAAUCCCCUGAAAUCUGUGAAGAAAAAUAUAGGGAGCAUUGCUGACAAAUUCCUGAAAGAAGCAGAUUUCACCCUCCGACCUAAAUAUGAAUAAAGACAUGAUACACCGACAGUGAGGUUUGUAGAGAUGUGCAACCGUUUCAGUGAAAGCAGAGAAGAUUGGAUCUAAAACAUGGGAUCAACUUCAAGAAAAGAAGUGAAAAAUCUUAAAAUGUACAGAGAGGAUAAAUGGGGGAAACCCCAUCUUCCCAGAUUCUUCUGCAUCUCAAUGUUACAUGAGAUUCAGUCAUCAUUUAGUAAAGCUGGCAACCCAAGACAGCUGCUUUUAGAAUGCACUCUGAAACAUUAACCUUUUACCCCAAUGGAAUUCUGGUUGAGCUCUAUGAACUACUUUUUUGAAGCUUCAAACCAAGGCAGUCUUUUUCUUUUUUUUAUAAAUACCUUUUCUAUUUGGAUUAAUCAGUACUCUGGAUCAUUUCUUGCAAAUACAUUUUUUGUGUAAUUCGCUUCCCAUCCCGAUUUUGUUUUUCAAUGCAUUUGUUGUCAGAUGAAUAGCAGAGAAUUUCUAGGACAUUUUCUACCUUGGCUGGUGCAGGGGAGUGAUAAAACUAUACAGCGUGAAUAUGCAAGGUACCAUCAACAUGGAGGCUUCACCAUUAUAAGUACAAUGGGAAACCUCUGAAAAUUAACAUGCUUUUAUCCAAAUGCUCAAUAAGGAGAUUUUUGAAUCUGAGCAUAUUUCCAAUUGAGCCAAACUGAGUGCUCCCAUCACAGUCCUGGUGUAGAUGCCUUUCUCUGGCCUUAUCAACUGCAACUGAUGCUGCAUUCUACACUUCUGGCACCAGAAUCCAGCUCUAAUAAAUGAACUCUGCUGACCAGGAAAAUGCUUCUGGAGAUUUAACAUGGAGAAUAACCAGGUGCUUCCCCAACCUUUCCAAUGUAGAAAUGGCACAUCAGAUUUUGAAAAUGGAGGGAAAUACUGAAAAGGACAUCAUGAUGUGUGUUUGUAAACACUCAUUAACAUUUCAUUCAUGUAAUUUUGUUUUAUAUACAUUAUUUUUUGUUUAAAAUAAAUCAUGCAUUCAAGUGAAUAGAAACACAUGUGAAAGUAUAAAGAGUUCAGUAAAGGCAAGAGUCUUGAUAUAACACAAGAAACCAAUACUUAGAAUGCGAUGUACUGACUGCUGAAUCAGUAUAUCAGUUUUCGAAGAUUCUGAUUCAUUUACUAACUAUUAGAAAUGGUGAUGCAAUCAGUCUAAAGUAUUUGAUAACAAUGCUUCCUUUAUUAAGGCACUUUUACUAGUGAUGAUGCCCAAGCAUGGUUUGCUUUUAUAACCACUAAUGAUGUAUUCUGAUAUUUUGAUUUAAAAAACCAGAAUAAUCCUAUGGAUAUCUAAUUAGAUAGAUUAGGAGCCCUGGUGGCAAAGUGCGUUAAAGCACUGAGCUUGAGACCGAAAGGUCCCAGGUUUAAACCUCGGGAGCAGCGUGAGCGGCCAACUGUUGGCUCCUGCUCCUGCCAGCCUAGCAGUUCGAAAACAUGCCAAUGUGAGUAGAUCAAUAAGUACCACUCUGGCGGGAAGGUAACGGCGCUCCAUGCAGUCAUCCCGGCCACAUGACCUUGGAGGUGUCUACGGACAACGCUGGCUCUUCGGCUUAGAAAUGGAGAUGAGCACCAACCCCCAGAGUCAGACAUGACUGGACUUAACGUCGGGGAAACCUUUACCUUUACUUAUCUAAUUAGAAGAAAGACUAUCUAAGUUCAAUAAGUCUUACUAUCAGGUAAGGGUGCAGGAUUGUGCUCAUUGGUUGAAAAUCUGUUGAAUGUUGCUGGACAUAACUCGAUUCUAUAGUUUUACCGGUGCUAGGGAGUCUUCCAAUGGCCAAUCUGUGGAUGUAAAGGCAAGGGCUUCCAAGCACCAUCUAGCUCAGUGGUUCUCAAACUGUGAGUCCCCAGAUGUUUUGACCUUCAACUCCCAGAAAUCCUAACAGCUGGUAAACUGGCUGGGAUUUCUGGGAGUUGUAGGCCAAAACGCUUGAGGACCCACAGGUUGAGAACCACUGGUCUAGCUGAAGGUUUCUACUGGAAUACCGCAAUUGUUGGCAGUUCAGGGGAUUGACCACUGUUCCAGGAAACUCCCGAUAUCAAGGCUAAGGUUUAUUUAAACAAAAGCAAGGAAGCCAAGGCCAUAUUUACUUAUAGAUAGAAACUUAAGUCAUGAGUCUUUAAUGGUCUAGCCAAAAUAACAGAAUUGUAGCACACAGCCAGAGUAAUGAUGAACACAAGCCAAAGUCAAGAGUCCAGUUAAUGCAGACAGGACAAGUACUAUAAAGCCAGGUCAGAAACAAGAACAAACAAUAAUCAGGCUUCCAAUCCAAUAGUCAGGUGCCAGGAGUUCAUUUAUCAGAGUUUAUAAAACAAAGGCCAAGGAUCAUAGGGUACAAAUCGAAUUCAGAAGUCAAGCGAGAUAGUCAGGAAAUACAAACUGAAGUCCAAGUCCAUAAUUCAAAGCCAAGAGUAAGUCCAGAAAUGCUGGCAGGUCUGCUGACUGAUAGGUCAGCGAUUCGGAUCCAGGGAGAAUAGGUGAGCUCCCUCUGUCAGCUCCAGCUCCCCAUGCGAGGACAUGAGAGAAGCCUUCCACAAACAUGGUAAAACAUCAAAAACAUCCAGGCGUCCCCUGGGCAACAUUCUUGCAGGUGGCCAUUUCUCUCACACCAGAAGCAACUUGCAGUUUCUCAUUAGCUCCUGACACGAAGAAAAGUCCAGAAACCAGAGUCAAGGAUUCAGGAUACAACAAAGUCUGAAAUAGGAUUACAGGAGCCAAGGUCAAUCCAGAAUUCUAACUUGGGCAGCAGAGCCAAGGUCUGGGACAACGGUACAAUUGUAUGAUGUUCUCUGCUAUAAAGUGCUAUUAUUUUCCAGGCUCUUUUAACAUAAGGUCUCAGCAGUCACCCAUUUCAGCAAGCCAGCAAAGGUAAUCACGGAAGCUUGUGUUGCUUUCUUUGAGGAGGAGAUCAGAUUAAUCUCUUCCAAACUUGCUGUAAUACUGAGAAGUCUCAUCUGCUGGAAAUCUGCCCCCAGCAGCACCUGAGCCAGCCAGGCAAACUGCUGGCAUGACGCCCAGCUGCCAGAACUGACACUACAUGAUGCACCUCUACACUGCCUCAGCCAUAAGUUACAUGUGAAAUAGCAUCUUAGCACUGGUGAGAUGCAUUGCACUGUGAGCAAGUCACUGAACAAGGAGUAGUUCCUUAGGCCACUGAGUGAGAGGGAGGUCAGCCAGCCAGACACAACUCCAUUGUGAUUUAUGCAUUACAUCUUAUUUAUCAUCUGUAGAUUGUAAACCUGAGGGCAAAUUCAGAUUUUUGUAAAAUGUUUAAUAACAUAAAUAUAUGCCAAUACAAUGAGAGGUUAAACCAUUAUUUGUCACUAAUAGAAUGCCCGCCUUACACUGCAAUCUGGUAACAUAUAUUGAAAACAGUGUAUCUUACUUCUGAGUUGACAAUGUAAGCUUUCCUUUUAGUGUACUCACAGUAUCCCUUGAUUCUCUGUAUAACUGUAUCAGAUAUAAGGAAAUAUGGUUAACUGUGCCUAUAAUAUAUAUACAGUGAUAUUUUGAAAGUGGUUUAUUAAUAUUGUGUAUUAUGAAGUACAGUAUGUAAUCUUUUGAUGCAGUGUCAUUUUGUUUUCAUCAUAGCAAAUGAAAAAAAUAUUGAUAUACAGUAGAGUCUCACUUAUCCAAGCUAAACGGGCCGGCAGAAUCUUGGAUAAACAAAUAUCUUGGAUAAUAAGGAGGGAUUAAGGAAAAGCCUAUUAAACAUCAAAUUAGGUUAUGAAUUUACAAAUUAAGCACCAAAACAUCAUGUUAUACAACAAAUUUGACAGAAAAGUAGUUCAGUAUGCAGUAAUGUUAUGUUGUAAUUACUGUAUUUACGAAUUUAGCAUCAAAAUAUCAGAAUAUAUUGAAAACAUUGACUACAAAAAUGCCUUGGAUAAUCCAGAACCUUGGAUAAGCGAGCCUUGGAUAAGUGAGACUCUACUGUAAUACUUUUAGGUCGAUAAUGUUCCAUACUUCUCCUUCAUUAUAUGUUCUUCAGGACAACUGAUAUGUAUAUGUUAGCUUGGAGAAGAUAAGUUUAAGGAGUGAUAUUAUAAUUAUCUUUAAAUAUCGAAAAUAUUAAAAAGGACGCCAGGUAGAAAGUGGAGCAAGGUUGUUUCUUGCUGCACCAGACCAGCAAGAAUAUAUUCAAAUUAAAGCGAUUCCACUUAAAUAUUAAGAAAAUCUCCCUGGCUAUUAAGAACUGUUUGACAGGGGGGAAAGAGCAUCUCAAAAGGCAAUGGACUCCUCACCAUUGGCGAUCUUUGCAUAGUGUCUGGACCUCUUCCAGAACUUCCUUAGCUCUGAAUUCCUUUCAACAUUGAUUCUAUAAUCUGUCUGUCUGUCUGUCUACAAGAUAAAAUAAUAUUUAAUAAUGUUGAAUACAACAGUUUUCAUGUUUGCUCAAUCAAUUAACUUCUGUUCCCUAAAAUCUUGGGUUAUGCCAAUAUUUCAGAGAGCCCCACACUGAGCUAUGAGAAUGCAUUUCACUAAACCUGUGUUCAUUCAGCAUUUCACUGCAAUUUGUGUUCAUUCAGAAUUUGGAGGAUCACACUGUGAAUCAUUUUUAGCGGAUUUCCUUGAUUUAGUAUGUUUUACUUAAGAAUAUUGUUUUUAUACUUUUUCUAGUAAUAUUUUAUUACAUCAUGGCCUGAAAGAUAUUGUUUAUUUAUUAUGUUAAUAAAUUUGAUUUAAAAUGUAA